AAACCAAACAAUGUCUAAUAAAAUUUGGCCUCCACCACCCUCCAACAAUCCCUAUGAGUAUCUCAAAAUCCACCACAACCCAAAUGACACACUUACUAGAAAUCUUGUAGAUCCUCACACAUCACCUUCAUCAAACACAACUCUUCCCAUCAAUGUUCUCACCAAAGAUCUCACAAUUAACCAAUCACACCAAACAUGGCUUCGAUUAUUCCUACCUAAAAAUUCAACAAAUCCAAACCAAAACAACAAACUACCACUUAUUAUUUUUUUCCAUGGAGGUGGAUUCAUUUUACUAAGUGCAGCCUCCACAAUAUUCCAUGAUUUUUGUGUUGAAUUGGCCGACACCGUCGAAGCCGUCGUUGCCUCGGUUGAGUAUCGCCUCGCACCGGAGCAUCGCUUACCGGCGGCAUAUGAUGACGCUAUGGAAGCGUUGACUUUUAUUAAAUCUAGUGAAGAUGAAUGGUUGCAAAAUUAUGUUGACUUUUCUACAUGUUAUUUAAUGGGGAAUAGUGCUGGAGCUACGAUUGCAUACAAUGCGGGUAUGUGCUUGAAGGUGAAUGAUUUUGAGCCGUUGAAAAUUCAAGGGUUGAUAUUGAGUCAACCGUUUUUUGGUGGGACCCAAAGGAGUGAGUCAGAACUAAGACUUGAGAAUGAUCCUGUUUUACCUUUGAGUGUUGGUGAUUUGAUGUGGGAAUUGGCUUUACCAAUUGGUGUUGAUCGUGAUCAUAAGUAUGGCAAUCUAACGGCUGAGAAUGAUCUUGAUGAAAAAUUUGAUAAGAUUAAGGAUCAAGGGUGGAGAGUAUUAGUGAGUGGGAACGGUGGAGAUCCAUUGGUUGAUCGUUAUAAGGAAUUGGUGGAAUUAAUGGAAAAAAAGGGUGUGGAAAUUGUGAAGGAUUUUGAAGAAGAAGGUUUUCAUGGGAUUGAGUUUUUUGAGCCAUCCAAAGCAAAGAAAUUGAUUGGGUUAGUCAAAGGUUUCAUUUCAUCGUUUGUUGUUUAGGGUCAACAAUACACAAAGAACAUGUAUGAAUGUUUCUUUGCCAUCAUCAUUUGAACUUGUAAUAAUUGGCUUUUAAAGCAUAUGUUAGUAUUUGCUCUAUGUAUUUACUAUUAUGUUUUUUUUUUUUGUUAUUGAAUAAAAAAUUAAGUUAAGAGACAA